GCAUGCGCAAUAGAUAUCAUUGUUGGUGGAGGUACCAAAGGCAAAGGAAGAGAAGCUGUACCUUGAUUACAGGCCGCAAGGAAGGUAAUCGAGGCUACUGCACUACUGUGACAAUGGCCUCUGGACCAUCUGACAGUGGUGUGGGGAGCAACCUGUUGUGUUAUGCUAUUCGUCUUGGACCUGGGGAAGAGAUAACAACGAAGUUAUUGGAGUUUGUAGCCACACACAAUCUCAAAGCUGCUUUCAUUCUGAGUUGUGUUGGGAGUGUGCAGAGUGCUAAACUGAGACUGGCACAAGCAACAGCUGCUAGCAGGAAUCAUGUUCUGACACUGGAAGGGAAGCAUGAGAUUGUGUCCCUUGUUGGUACCCUGUCUGAUGGUGGUCACCUCCACGCCUCCCUCGCUGAUGAUAAAGGGGGUGUGGUCGGAGGUCAUGUGCUCGGUGAUAUGGUGGUGUUCACUACAGCCGAGGUGGUCAUUGGAGAAUGCUCACAAUUGAUGUUUAAUAGAGAAAUGGAUACUAGAACUGGUUUUCAUGAGUUAGUAAUUAGCCCAAAAUUGGAAUAAACAUCCCCUCACACAAUUCAUUGUUUUGCUAAUUGUUUUCCUACUCUAUUAAUUUUAUCAAUGUAUCAAUUUGUUUGUGCAAUUAAUAUUAAUAAAGACUUUCAACACAAAAACACACAUAAUUUG